AUGGGCAAACUUACGAGUACCAUCGGGAUCCCGAUUAAGCUCCUGAACGAAGCUCAGGGCCACGUCGUGACUCUCGAGAUUACCUCUGGAGUUACUUACCGCGGAAAACUGUUGGAAGCCGAGGACAGCAUGAACGUGCAACUCAAGGAUUGCACCGUUACCGCCCGUGACGGCCGUGUCUCUCACCUAGAGCAGGUCUACAUCCGUGGAAGCAACAUCCGCUUCUUCAUUGUUCCAGACAUGCUUCGUAACGCUCCUAUGUUCCGUUCACGAGACCAGAAGGGCCGCGGUGUUGGUCUUGCGCGUGGUAAGGCUACCGUUCAGCGUGCGCGUGGCCAGCGAAGGGGAUAG